AUGGCGGGUCUUCCUUCCGCCUCCAAGAGCAAUGCCUCGUCGCUCCUGGGCCGCCUUGAAUCCGCGAAUCGCCAUGUGUUCCUCCAGCCCGAUGCCGCCAUUCCCACCGAGUCGCUCAACAUUGUUAAAGAUACCCUAGAGGGCUUCGCUGGCCAGAUUGCCGAACAGCAGGAACAAAAACUGAAGGAGAACCGGAAACGGAAGAGGGCAGAUGGCAAGGAGGAGGUGCUCAAGAUCCGCAAAGUCUACGUCGACGGUUUUGAAACAAACCAAGUUUGGGAACAGGCCAAGAGAAUCAUUGGUAGCGUUCUCAGGCAUGCAGACUCGGCGCUGCAGAAUCUCCAGGAUAAUGAUGAAAUCGCAAUAGAGGGAGAGUCCGAGGAGGAUUCACAGUCUGAUCCCGAGGAGCUCAAUGGCAAUGCGGAUGAGCCAUCCUUGGCAUCAGGUGACGACGAUGAGGAGCUUCUGAGCGCUGACGCGCAAGAUGAAGAUGAGGAGGAGGAGGAAUGGGAGGAUGCUAGUGAAGGCCUUGGUGCCGAACAGGAUGACUACCAAGAAGACGAGGAGGAGGGCGAGGAGGAGGAGGAGGGGGAAGAGGGAGCCGAGUACGAGGCUGAUCCAGAUGGUCUCAACGACGGGUUCUUCUCCCUGGAUGAUUUCAACAAGCAGUCAAAUUGGUUCGAACAACAAGACGCAAGAGGAGAUCCCAACACAGACGCGGCCAGCGACGACGAGGAUAUUGAUUGGAACGCGGAUCCCUUGGCAGCAGCCAAGCCCAAGGCUUCUGCUGGCAAGAAGCCACAGUCGCAGGACCAAGAUGAUGACGAAGACGAUGAAGACGACGGCCCUACCUUUGGAGACAUGGACCUUGAUGCCCCUGAGGGUGCCAGUGACGACGAAGCCAUGGCUGGUGACUUGGAAGCCGGAGUGGAUGAUGAGGCCAUGGACUUCAAUGCCAACGACGUGUACUACAAAGACUUCUUUGCUCCGCCUAAAAAGAAGAGAAGAGAUGAUAGACCAAGGAAAUCCGUCUCAUUCAAGUCCCAGCCGAUUAAUGACGCUGAUGUGGAGAACAAUAUGGCAGAUGUCCGCCGUGAUCUCUUCGAUGACGAGUCUGAUGAGGAAGGCUCCGAUGGUGGCCUAUCCGAUGUCUCUGCAGGAGACCCCAGAUCUCGCCGUUCCGCACAUGAGCGACGACAGGCAAAACUCGCCGAGGAGAUCCGCAAGCUUGAGGCUGCCUCAGUCGCGAAGCGAGAGUGGACGUUGUCUGGUGAAGCCGCCGCCGCCGACCGUCCCAUGAACUCUCUGCUCGAGGAGGACCUUGACUUUGAGCAUGUUGGCAAACCCGUACCGGUAAUCACGCCCGAGAUCACCGAGGGCAUCGAAGAAUUGAUCAAGAGGCGCAUUCUCGCCCAGGAAUUCGACGAGGUCCUGCGUCGCCGACCCGGUGUUGACAGCCUUCCUACCGGCACACGCCGCGGCAUGCUUGAGGAUGUCGACGACACCAAGGGCAAGAGUCUGGCAGAGGUGUAUGAGGAAGAGCACGCCCGCAAGAACAACCCAGAUACCUUCGUCAGCCAGUCGGACGAGAAGCUCCAGCGCGAGGAGCGCGAGGUCGAGGCUAUGUGGCGCGAUGUCAGCGCCCGUCUCGACGCCCUCAGCAGCUGGCACUACCGCCCCAAGCCCGUCGAGCCCACGCUCUCCGUCGUCGCCGACGUGGCCACGGUGGCCAUGGAGGACGCCCAGCCCACUACCGCCCAGGGCGUGGCUGGCCAGCAGAGCAAUAUGGCCCCGCAGGAGGUGUACAAGGCUUCCAGCAAGACGGCCGAGAAGGGCGAGGUCGUCGCCAAGAGCGGCGUGCCCAUCGCCAAGCAGGAGAUGUCCCGCGAGGACAGGUCAAGGAGGAGGCGGCGCGAGAAGGAGCGUGUCCGCAAGGCUGGCGGCGUCGGCCCCGGCAAGACUCUCAGCGGCCGCGCCAAGAUGCAGCGGGAUACCGUGGCGGAUCUGAAGAAGGGUGGCGUCAAGGUCAUCAACCGCAAGGGAGAGGUGACGGACGUGGACGGCAAGAAGAUCAAGGCCGCCAAGGUGCUGACGAGCGGGAACUUCAAGCUGUAA